CGGGGGACGGGCGUUUCCAGCCGUGCCGCAUCCCCUGCAGCCGGCCCGCGGCCCGGGGUUCCUCCGGGGGGGAUGCCCGCCUCCGGCCCUCCUGAAUCGGCUGCUCCGGGGUGCGCGGCGGCUCGGCUGGGCCACACGCACCGCCCGCCGCUCGCUGUCGCAGUCGGAGGUGCGGCCGGUGUGCCCUGCUGAGGACGCGUUCCGAGCCUUGGCUGUCAGCAGUCACGCAUCGUCCCUCGCAUCCAGGCCCGCCCGGCAGCGUGAGGUGUGCUGCGGGAGGCCAUCUGGUCCGCCAGAUGUGGCAUCCCUGCCCACGGCAGGGGCGCUGGAAUUAGGUGGUCUUUAAGGUCCUGUCCAAUCCAAACCAUUAUUUGAUAAUCUGCCAGCCGUACUGCUCUUUCAGAAUACACGGGCUGCUGUGCAUCAUGAGUUCAAAGUUUUGCCUUGUAUAAAUCCCCUACACUGCUGCGUGUCUUUGCUAACCUUGUCAGCGGUCCUCUCGAAAGGCUGAACAAAAAUAAACACAGUCGUGCUGAGAUGAGAUCUUAAUUUAGUUUAGGAAAGCCUUGAGUAAAACACCAGAGGAAGGCACAGUGGUAUUUCUUACAUAAGAUGUGCAGUGAUUCAGUGGGUGUUGGCCGGGAUGAUGUGCGAAUGACAGCGUUGUGUUGGCACAUUAUUCUGGUGCUGUACAGUGCUGGCAGUGCAAAAAUUCACAGGGUAUUUGGCAAAGAAUCACUCGUUCAGUAUGUUUUAGCAUAUCCAAUAAAUAAUAACUGAAAUAUUACAGACAAUAAAAUCACUUUCAGCACAGGUAAGUGCUGCAGUUAAUUUUCAAUUACAUUCUACAUAUUUUAUUUAUUGUAUUUAAUCGUUUCCAUAAAUGCAGGACUUGGAUGCUAUCCAGAGUUCCAGCUAUCCAGUGAUGUUGAAUUUGAGCAUGGUGAUAGCUUAAACAAAUGGGCCUGUCUGAAUUGAGGGAUACAGCUCCCACCAGCUUCAGCUGCAGAAGUUAGCAUAGUCUUGCAAAUCAGAAGAGAACUUGGAUGUGUUGUUUGUUACUCUGAUGGCAGUGGGAUCACCUGCUUGCAGCUGAAUACUCACACUAGACUAAGAAUUGUAGGUGAUGAUGAUGGAGGAAAGCCCUUUACUCCUGAGGAAUAUGAGGAGUACAAAAGAAAAGUAAUACCAGCUCGGCUACAGAACAGGUUGUAUGUGAGCUGGAGAUCACCCACUGGCAUGGACUGUAAGCUUGUGGGACCAGAGACACCUUGCUUUUGCACUCACAGGUAUAAACAACACAAAACAGACUACGAGGUUCUUCCCCAGGAGCGCCCUAUCCGUGUGCCUUGCCGAGUGAAAGGCUGCCCGUGCCAGUCGUUCCAGUUUGUGCCCCCGAACGGCACCCGGCCCGUUCGCUGCCGCUGCAAGCACUUCCCUGAGCAGCACAGCGCGGCGCCGGGGCUUCCCUGCACCUCCUGUUCCAAGUGUUCAGGCUUUCACAGCUGCUUCACCUGUGCGUGUGGUCAGCCAGCAUAUGCUCACGAAACAGUGGUGGAAACGAAAGAGGAGCGCCUGGCCCAAGGGAAGCCCGUGGGGCAGGAUGUUCCUUACGCUGCCAUGGGAGGGCUCACUGGGUUUAGUUCUCUGGCAGAAGGCUACAUGAGGCUCGAUGACAGUGGAAUAGGUGCUCCUUCUGCUGAACUUCUAGAAGCUCCCAUUACUAGCAUGGAUCAUCCAUUUCUAAAAGCAUUUCAGGGGCCUGCGAGUUCCACUCAUACCAUGCCACAGAUAGCAGGUACUUCAAGUGCCACAGGACAAGUUUCUCAUGGAAAACAAUCAGAAGCUGAUGACAUGGCUUAUUUUGAAAAACGUUAUCAAGAACGGCUGAAAAUGGAGAAAGCAGCUAAACGGAAAGAGAGGAAUCCAGUGCCAUCAAAGAAGCCAUGAGAUUAAUAAAUAAAUAUUUAUUGUUUGGCACACUGUUCAUUAUUUCAUUGAGUAUUUUUCUCUGUGCCUACCUGCAUACUUGUAUUUAUCAAUUUAUUUAUUAUGUUGUUUUGUUCCUUUGCUGAAAUUAAUUUUUAAUUAUCUCAUUGUAAUAAAAUUGGUUCUUUAAUCAA